AUUCAAAUCUAUCGACUUAUCGUUUUUCUCGAUGGAAGGCUGUCGACUGUUGGCAAUAAUUUUCCAACACAUCAUAUCAGCUGGCCGCAGCCAACUUCACGUCGCUUAAAUUGUUUUACAACUGCUUGUUCUUUUUUUGUGUAGUGGAACAAAUAAUUAUUAUAUAUACGCUCUGUUCGUUGCACCUGAUGCCAUUUAACAUAAAGGCAAUUGAGACGGUGAAUUGAAGUGCUUUUACAAUUCCUAACCUAUGUAAAUGUGAUUUAAAAAAACCAAGCAAUAGACAACACAACGCACACACGCACACUUCUAGCUACAUACAUACAAAGGCACACACACACGCGCAAAUCGACGAACCGUGUGAGCGUGCAGCGUGUGUGUGUGUAGUGUGUCAGUGCGUGCUAUCGUUGCAGCAGCACGCAAAAAAGGAAUAAGCUGCAGGCGCAGAAGUUAGAGCUGCGUCAGAAUUAAAAGAAACAACCAUUCAUGCAACCUAAGUAGCAGGAGGGCGAAACAGAAAUAUUUUUGAACAGCUAAUUAAAGUAAGGCACGGUGCCGCUGCCUAAAAAUGCAACAACAACAGGAAUCGAGCGAAGAAAGUUGGCUGGAGGAGCAAUGUCAUCGUGAAAUCAACGGCCAGCACGAUGAGCACGAGCGUGAAUAUGUUCGUCAGCGUGACAAUAGCUUGGGCACCGCCUGGGGAGCUUUCCAGGAUACGGCCACAGCCGUCGCUCAACUCUAUCGCGAGCGGUCUUCAAACACAUAUGCUUCAGAUACUGGGGCACUCUGGCUGCCCUUUCAGACCGCAGCUGGCACUGUGACAACACUCUACAAAGAAUCUUGUGAUGGUCUCAAACGCACUAGCGACGCUGCCAUACAAUGCGGCUACCAAAGACGCACUCGCGAACUGGCCGAUUGGGCACGCAGCAAAAAACGCCGAAUGAUACGCCGCGAGGAUCUGCUCGCCUAUUUAGCUGGAAAACCGCUGCCAUCACAAACCACAAAUCCACAUGCCAAUCGUCGCUCACCCAAACCGGAGCAUCACAACAACAAUGGUGGCGGAGCCUUGGGAUUCGCCAAUUCGGGUCUUGCCAUGCCGCCCUCUUCGGUCACGUCCCCGGCUCAUGUGCUAACAGGUGGGGCAGUUGGCAUCGGCACUGCUGGCGUCAUGGGCGAUGAUUUGCACACUUUCAAGGAGGCCUUAGUUUUGCGUCCACGUGGUCCGGAGCUAUUUGCAUUUGUUGCCAACGAGAUAGCGCGUCACUGCAAGCGUCCCGGCAGUCCCAUCGAUGAUAAAAUGGAUAUAUGCCACUACAGCAGUAAACGUCAGCGUUUUAUGUAACUCGAACAUAACAACCGACAGGAAUCAGGAAACCCACAGCCACAGCUUCAGCAUAACAAACAAAUAAGCAACAACAAGGACGAGCAAAGAAAAGCAGCCGGCGGCAAUUGGAACGCCUGAAAAAAUGUACAUUUCUAAAUUAAAUAACAUGGAUUUUUUUGUUUUUUUUUUUUUCAACUUGAACCUUACUAAUCAAAUGGCUAAUCAGACGGUUUUAGACAUUGUUUACACUUACGAAAUACUUCCAGAGUUUGUUAUGUACGAAUUGCCUACAACCCUGAAACACACCUACACAAAACCCGAAGAACGUUAGUUUAAGUUUAGUUAGAGUCUAUAAUGUAAAGCUUAAUUAAUAUUCAGUCAACCCAACGGCAAACUGUUAAAAUAUGUAUGUAGCAUGACAGCAACUGAUUUGCUAAUUGUUGGUCUCGGAAAGAAAGAUUCAGGUUUUCUUAAGCUGCUUAGAUUAGACUGAAAUACAUUAAAAAGAGCUAGAUGGUAUCCAAUAUCUCACAAGUCUCACUUGAAAUUAAGCUGUGACUCGAUGUUACAAUUUUCUAUUCAGGUACUGGGAUAUUUAUUUGAUUGAUAAAGAAUUAACAUUUUGAAUACAAACAUUUUUUUUUUUUUGA